AUGUCAACAGAAAAUUCCAAAUCUGCACAUUUGUCCCCCGACUCCCAACAUACCCUUGACGAAGCAAGUAUAGAGAAAAAGUCCAUUGAUACAGAAACUCCUAAACAGUCUUGGAAUCAUGGCGCCGCACCUGAUGGAGGUGCAAAAGCUUGGUUGGUUGUGCUAGGCGCUUGGUGCGCCUUAUUCUGCACUUUCGGUCGGAUCAACAGCGUGGGCACUUUUCAGAGCUAUUAUCAAACCUCUCUUCUGCGUCAGUACUCUUCCAGCACAAUUUCCUGGAUCCCUUCUCUACAGAUUUUCUUCAUGUUUGCCAUGGGACCCAUCGUCGGACAGUUGUAUGAUCGAUUCGGUCCCCGUUAUAUCAUCCUCGGAGGCUCAUUUCUUCACGUCUUCGGCCUGAUGAUGGCAUCCAUCUCCACGGAAUACUACCAGCUUCUUCUUUCCCAAGGUGUCUGCAGCGCAAUGGGAGUAUGUGCAAUCUUUCAACCCUCUAUGAAUGCGAUCCCAAGCUGGUUCGACAAGAAGAGAGGCGCUGCCUACGGGAUCGUCGCAACGGGCUCGAGUCUCGGGGGCGUAAUAUUCCCGAUCAUGGUUAGUCGAUUGAUUGAUGAGAUUGGAUACGGCUGGGCAAUGCGGGUCGCUGCAUUCUUAAUUCUCUUCCUUUUGGUAAUCACUGUUCUUACUGUUCAGUCGAGAGUGCCCCCGAGACCGCGGGCAAUGAGCAGAGAGACCCUUUUGCGGCCAUUCAAAGAGGUCAAGAUGGUGCUUGUUAUUUUGGGUUUUGUAUUUUUGACUUUUGGAAUUUUUAUUCCUAUUGAUUAUUUGGUUGUUCAGGCUAUGAGUGCUGGCAUGAGCUCUUACCUGGCGCAGUAUCUUGUUUCUAUGCUAAAUGCUGCAAGUCUGUUCGGUCGCAUGUCCGCUGGUAUUUUCUCGGAUAAAAUUGGUCACUACAAUAUCCUCGUCAGCGCGUGCUUUCUUGCUGGUAUCCUCGUUUUGGCUCUUUGGAUUCCUGCGACGAGCAAUGCCGCUAUUAUCGUCUUUGCCUGCACCUUUGGAUUCGCUUCGGGUGCUUAUGUCUCCCUUGCCGCUGCCUUGGUGGUCAAGAUCUCACCGUUCCCGGAGAUCGGCUAUAGGACUGGGUUGUUAUUUUUGUGCUCCUCAUUUUCUGGUCUGACAACUAAUCCGAUUGCGGGGGCUAUCUUGCAGCAUGAUGGAGGCUCCUACACGGGGAUGAAGAUAUUCUCUGGUGUGUUCUUGAUGGUUGGAAGUGUGGCAGUGCUAGCUGCUCGACUUUCCCAUACCGGGCUGGAGUGGAAGGCGAAGUUUUGA